UGUCACCAGCACGACUUUCAGUCAUGCCCGGGAACUGCGAUUUUUGUUCAUGCACUACAACCUGAUGGCUGAGCUCCCCAUAGGCUUUUUUGGGCUUUUGCCGCACAUUAUCAGAGUAACUCUGGACACCAACCUGAUGUGCUGCCACCUUGAUCUUUUCAGGCAGGAUGCCGAUUGCGAAUUUGCCUUCAAUGAUAACUUCGCAAGCUGUCACUCCAUGUUCCGCAACCUUGCUCCAAGGAGAAGUCUUUGGGUUGUCGGCCUUCUUUCGUUGUUUGGGUCUGUGUUUGUAGUUGGGUGGCAGUAUUUCUUACCUGAUAACAAUAUGGUCCAGUCUAUUAUGUUGGUAAAUCUGGGUAUUUCAGACGGCAUCAUGGGUAUUUACCUCAUCAUUAUAGGUAUAAAAGACCUGCAAUGGUCAGGGGAAUACUACCUGCACGACUAUGAGUGGCGCACCGGCUGGUUUUGCCAUUUCAAUGGCGCCAUGUCUGUACUUUCAAGCGAGGUGUCUGUUAUGAUGAUUUCUCUGAUUGCAUGGGACAGGCUCAAGAACAUUGUGUUUCCUUACACGUUUGCAAAAAUUACACCAAGGCAGACCCGUAUUAUGUGUGUAGUUAUCUGGCUUGUGGGAGGCAUCAUGGCAUUCCUUCCGUUGUCUGGAAUGCGAUAUUUUGGUGACUGGUAUUAUGGCAAGAACGUGGUGUGCCUGCCCCUGCAACUUUCCCCGCAAUUACAAGAAGGCUGGGAAUUCUCCACUUCCAUCUUCAUCGUUUUAAAUUUUUCUCUUUUCCUAUUUAUUACGGUUGCUUAUGUUGCCAUCUUGUUGAAAUCAUGGUCGUCAAGCAGACGGCUGGGUGCGCAUGGAACUGUUCGUGAAAUACGAGCAAGAGCACAAAGCGCACAGGCCAAAAGAGAAAGAGCACUUGCCAAAAGAGUCUUCUUCAUUAUUCUGACCGAUUUCUUGUGUUGGAUACCAAUCAUUGCUAUCGGCAUUAAGUCGCACGUCGAGAAAACGUUUGAUCCACCUGGUGAUCUGGCAGUGUGGAUUGCAGUGUUCGCCUUGCCGAUCAAUUCAGCUAUCAACCCACUGCUGUAUACCCUUUCUACUCCACAGGUUCAAGCUGUUUUGAAAGCAAAAUUGAGGAAGGUGUGGUCCAAUGUUCGAUCGAUUUUCAGCAGUGGACAAAAUCAAGAAGGCACGGUGCUAUAUUCCAUUUAUACAUAUCAUAAUCAGACCUUGAAAGGGGGUAUAGAAGGAGUAAAUAAUCAGCAGGGACAGAUCGGAAAUGGACAUGAACACGCUAACAACGAAGAGGGAGAACAGAUUGAAAUGCAAGUAAUAGAACACAACGAAGUCCCAGAAGUGGAAGCCCCUGAAUUGCCUGCUCCGCAACCGGCAAUGGAACAAGCCUGUGGUGGGGAUGAGACUCCAUCUUCCUCAGAUUAUGAGGAUGAUUUUGAUAUCAGACCAGCCACUAAAAAGACUGUGGAAGUUGCUGUUCAUCAUGGUGAAAGCCAGCAUCGACGAAAAAGUCAAAAAGAAGUACAAGUUUCUGCAGGCCAAGGAGGAGAGACAAAGCCUGAGACUAAAGAGCUAGCUGAGGAAGCUGACAAAUCUGUGGAGCAGGUGGAGAGUGAAGAGAUUCCAAGGGCAAGUGACAAAGAAGGAGAAAAAAAGCUUGACACAGAAGAGCUAACUAAGGAAGCUGGCAAAUCUGAGGAGAAAGUGGAGAGUGAAGAAAUUCCAAUACCUAGUGAUGAAGUUGGGCUCGUUAUGUCUCUAAGUAAGCUUUCCUCCUGGGGCCUUGCGCCAGGAGCAGUUGGUGGGUUUGGUGGUGGGGGAGGUGGAUCAGAGGAUAAUGGUGCAUCAGGCAGAGGUGAUGGGUACUCUGGGAGAUGUGGUGGUACCCAUGCGAAACAAACCGGAGGUGGAGGAAGCUCGUACCGUAAUGGCACAGAUUUUUCUGGUUUGACCGAUAAGGCUCUUCUCGAAGAUGGAAGUGAAAAUUCCAAAGGGGCUGCUUUUGGCUCUAUUCCUGAACUUCCUGCUACAAACUGUAGGGAAAUCAAGUUGAGUGAGGGAGAGCAAGCGUUUAGCGGCAAAUACUGGUAUUAUAAUCCCUGGACGGAAACAGCGACAUUCGCCUACUGCGACAUGAAAACAGAAG